GAAGCGGGGUUGCGAUGCGUGCAGAUACAUGCCCUGGGCAUCCUUGUGGGGAAAACGCGGGGUUAAUCUGCAGAAUCAGUUCCCGUCCUGGAAACCGGCAAUGCCGAAGAGGAUUUCGGGGUUGCUGGGUUCAGAGUCACGAGACGAAGGGGCCAGCGCCGAUUCCUGGAUUUGGGCACGAGAAUAAGGAUGGUGGCGAACGUGAGAAGAAGCAGUUCAGAGAAGACGAGGAAGAAGAGGCUGCCAGGCACAAGGAGCUCAAACUGCGAAACUACGAGCCCGAAGAUGAGGAGCUGAAGAAGAGGAAGGUGCCCCAGGCCAAGCCAGCCUCAGUGGAAGACAAGGUGAAGGACCAGCUGGAGGCUGCCAAGCCGGAGCCCAUCAUCGAUGAGGUGGACCUGGCAAACCUGGCCCCCAGGAAGCCAGACUGGGAUUUGAAGCGAGAUGUAGCUAAGAAACUGGAAAAGCUGGAGAAGAGGACACAGAGAGCCAUCGCUGAAUUGAUCCGAGAGAGGUUGAAAGGCCAGGAAGAGGAGCUGGCAUCAGCAGUCGGGUCAGCAAAGCAGGACGGAAGCGACUCCGACUGAGGAGCUCCAUCCAGCAGCCUCGGGCACGAGCUCUGCUGAGGGCUCUGUAGGUUGGCCUUUGCCAGCAACGCCAAUCGCCUGCUCGCAGGCACCUCUUGUCGGGACAUGCUGCUGAUGAACGCUUUGCCAGAAGCCCAGGGAGCCCUAACGUGCCUGAAGGAGAGGGACGGAUACAAGGAGCUCUCAGACUGUGGUUGGCUUUUGAGGAGCAUUUCACAGAUAUCUUUGUGGGACCAAUUGCAGUGCCAGCAGGGGUUGAUGGGAGCAGGACAGACACCCAUGUUAGCUUGAACCUAGACUGCCAGGGCUCCAAGGAGGGAAGAUAUAAGCAAAGGGCUAGUGCUGGAGAAGAUGCCGAUGUCGCAGGUUGACCUCUGAAAACAACCCUGUGCUGAUGUUAUCCAAGGUUACUAGAUCUAGGCUAACUCUCCUCAUUUGCUGGAUAGGCAAGACACAACCGCACAGCCUAGAGCAGCCCUUUGAGAGGCACUGCUGUUUCCCAGGGGACUGACAGCCCUGUUUCUGUGCAGAGAGUUCCCUGUCUUGGGGUGAUGCUCUCUGCAGAACAGCUGGCCCAACUGGCAUGCGGGGAGCGGUGACGUCUCUCACCUUUGGCUGUGAGUACUCAGGAGCCUCUCGUUCAUGGUCAGACUCAGCAUGUACAGAGCAGCUGUGCUGGAAAUGACCGAACAGCUCAGGAUCUGUUGUCAUUCUGCAUCGGGGAAAAGGCUCCUGUGGUCUAGCUGAGAGGUUACCGUGUAGUUUGUUCUGUUCCCGCAAGUUUCCAGAUCCUUCAGGCUGUGCAGCGUGUACCACCCCUCUGUGUGUUUUAUGACUGACAAAGUUUGGUUGUAAGAAUUAUUUUCAUAAUAAAAUGGUCCCGCAGUGGUAGAAACCAUCA